AUGGCCGAGUAUCUUGCGUCGAUUUUUGGAACAGAGAAGGACAAGGUUAACUGUUCCUUUUAUUUCAAGAUUGGUGCAUGCCGACAUGGAGAGCAAUGCUCACGAUUGCACAAUAAACCCACGUUCAGUCAGACCAUCCUACUUCAAAAUUUAUACAUCGCUCCACACAACAAUGCCAAUCAAGCAAGUCUUGUUGUUUUUACUAUUCAAGCUCAGGAAAUUUUCGACGAAUUCUUUGAGGAGGUUUUUGUGGAAUGUGAGUCAAAAUACGGCGAAAUUGAAGAAAUGAACGUUUGUGAUAAUUUGGGUGAUCAUUUAGUUGGGAAUGUAUAUAUCAAGUUUCGGAGAGAGGAAGACGCUGAGAAAGCUGUUAAAAUGUUGAACCAACGUUGGUUUGGUGGAAGACCUGUGCAUGCAGAACUGUCACCUGUGACUGAUUUUCGCGAAGCUUGUUGCCGACAGUAUGAGUUGGGGGAAUGCACACGUGGUGGUUUCUGCAACUUUAUGCAUUUGAAGCCAAUAUCUCGUGAACUAUGUCGCAAGCUCUACAACCGUAGCAAACGCCGUUAUGGUGGAAGCUCUAGGCGCCGAAGGUCCCGAUCUCGUUCUGGAGGCCACCGUAGGUCAAGAUCACCAAAAAGUCGCGGUUCCCGGCGGUGA